GCCAUUGACUAAGCUUGGUUAGAAUUGCAAAUUACGAAAGAAACUGGGGGCAAUUCCACAACCUCAGCUGUAUUAAUAAGAGCUACUUUCGAACUCUUAGCAGCAGAUUCACUAGAACCUUCUUCUUCUUCUUCUCUUUCUCACCGCGAUGGCGGAGAAGAAGCAUCUUAACUCCAUUGCCAAUCGUUUCCUCACACUCCAGCUGCUGCUACUCCUUUCGCUCUGUCGGCUCCACUUCUCAUGCGCAGAGGUCAUCUUCGAAGAAAGAUUCGACGAGGGUUGGGAGGGCAGAUGGGUGAAGUCGGAUUGGAAGAGGAGUGAAGGCAAAGCAGGAACGUUCAAACACACCGCUGGGAAAUGGUCCGGCGAUCCAGAUGACAAAGGCACGUGCAUCCAGACGACAAAUGAUGCCAAGCAUUUUGCUAUAUCUGCAAAGAUACCCGAGUUCAGCAACAAGGACAGGACGUUGGUCCUUCAGUACUCGAUAAGAUUAGAGCAGGACAUUGAGUGUGGUGGUGGAUACAUUAAGCUUCUCUCCGGCUAUGUUAAUCAGAAGAAGUUUGGUGGAGAUACUCCUUACAGCGUUAUGUUUGGACCGGACCUAUGCGGCACACAAAAAAAGAAGCUGCAUCUUAUAGUAUCUUAUCAGGGACAGAAUUAUCCAAUCAAAAAAGAGUUGGAGUGUGAAACCGACAAGCUGACUCAUUUCUACACAUUUGUCCUGAGGCCUGAUGCCUCUUAUAGCAUCCUGAUUGAUGGUCGCGAAAGGGAUUCUGGGAGCCUGUACACAGAUUGGGAUAUUCUACCUCCACGGAAGAUUAAAGCUGCCAAGGCAAAGAAGCCUGCUGACUGGGAUGAUAGAGAAUAUAUUGAUGAUCCUAAUGCUGUCAAACCUAAGGGAUAUGAUUCGAUUCCUAAAGAGAUUCCCGAUCCUAGCGCCAAGGAGCCUGAAGAUUGGGAUGAUGAAGAGAAUGGCAUCUGGAGACCACCAAAGAUCCCAAACCCAAAGUAUAAAGGGCCCUGGAAACCCAAGAGAAUCAAGAACCCUAAUUACAAAGGAAAGUGGAGGAUUCCUUACAUCGACAAUCCUGAGUUUGAAGAUGACCCAGAUCUUUACGUGCUCAAGCCAAUCAAGUAUGUUGGUAUCGAAGUUUGGCAGGUGAAGGCUGGUUCAGUUUUUGACAACGUUUUGAUAUGUGAUGAUCCAGACUACGCCAAAGAAGUUGUGCAAGAUAUAUUGUCAAAUAGGGAGAUUGAGAAGGAGGCCUUUGAGGAAGCAGAAAAAAUUAGGAGAGCUCGAGAAGAAGAGGAAGCUCAACGAGCCAGAGAGGAAGGCGAAAGGAGAAGACGAGAGCGUGGUUACGACAGGAACCACAGAGACAAAUACAGGAAGGUCAGUAAGAAUCGCAAUCGUCACGAUCACUGGGAUGACUACCAUGACGAGCUCUAAGGAAAUCGUCAGCUCCAUCUUCAAGACAUAGCUACAAACAAGCCCGAGCAGCUCAACGAAAUCUGGCAGCAGCUUCAGUGUUUCAAUUGCAGCAGUACUAGUUGUUCCAUUUUAUUUUCUUGAAGGCAUUGCUGCUACUUCCAUUGUUGUUGUACACUUGUAUCCUAUAUCUCCGCGGAUUAGGGUUCAUACACUCCCCGGUUUUCCGAUUCCAGAUGCUAAUAGCUAUUGUAAUAACAGUGAUACAAACCAUCUAAUCAACUGAGAGUUCUUCAAUCAUCUCUGCAAUUUGAAAGUCUGCUCGCCACUUUCUGUUAUUUAUUAGACCAGUAUGAAGGGAGACCAUACAAAAGUACUGCGUAAUCGUGUUCAAAAAAACGCACUGGAAUUCUCUCACUAAGGUUAACAGACGAGCACAAAAUUACAGCCAAAGACAACAAUUCACUUUCUUCAGGUAUGGCGAUCGAUGAACUUCUCGAUCAGUACCGAGAAAGCAGCGAACCCGGCGCAGCCGUAGCACGCGGCCUGAGGGCCGGCCCUGGCGGACAUGGCGCCGCCCGUGACGCAGCCGGCGACGGCGGUGUUGGUGACGUCGUGCUUGGCGCGGGCCUUCUCGACGACGCAUUCGGCGGCGGAGAAGACCAGGCCCAUGAGGGCGAACGUCUUGCAGUUGCUCCAGCUCCGGCUGCCCAUCUGCUUGGCGGUGAAGACGAACUGCUUCUUGGCGCUCAUGUCCGGAUCGUGCAUCAGCGGAUUGUCGAGCGCGCCGAGGAGGAAGCCCAUGAAGAUCCCCAGCCCGCCGCCGACCACGCCGCUGAACGCGCUCCGAAUCGCGCAGUUGUUCCACACGUCCUGGGCUCGCAUCUCCUCCACCGUCGGCAUCCUGAACGGCUCGAUCUUCGUCUCCGAGCUCGGCGAGGCGUCGCCUCCGCUGCUGCUCUUCGGUUCGCCGCUGUCCGCCAUUGAAGAAUCUGAAAAUUUCUUCGGGGCGCCUACUCUCUUGCUUUUCCUUCCCUUGCUCCGGCGGCGAUCCGCUGGUGGCGAGUGGGCACGCGAUACAAGACGGAGAAU